GAAGAUGUUUUUCUUUAUUUAAUUUGUCCAUAACGCGGUGCCGUAAGUUUGCCGUCAAGUGCUGCGGAUUGUCGCAAGUCCCCACUUCAGCAGCAGAGGUCACAACAAUUCGUCCAGUAUGGGAGGUGAUCACGGCCCUAGCAAGCUGUCCAUGCCAGACUGGGGGCAGUGGAAGGUGCAAGGAACCCCGCUGGAGUUCACACAGCAGCGACUGGCAGCCAGGGGGCUCAAAGACCCCUGGGCACGCAACGAGGCGUGGAGGUAUGCAGGCGGCUUCGCCCGUGCGGUGACCCUAUCGGAUGUUCUGCUCAGAGGUUUUAAGUGGGGCUUUGCUGCCUUUACUGUUGCCCUGGCAAUAGAGUACACCAUGUUUCCUCCAAAGAAAGGAGAUCACUGAUUGUUCGGCAUCAUGUGUAAUUUGAUCUUAUGAUAUUCUGUAUUUUGUUGGUUUGAUUAAAUGUAUUUUGAUCACCUCA